AUGGGGGACCCGUAUUUGUGGGAGCAUUGCGUGCUUGGCAUCACAAUACUUGGCUAUGUGGUUCUUGCCGUCAAUGCCUACCUCAAUCGCCGCAAGCGGAUGCGACUGUCAGAGGAGUCGAAAACCAUGUCAGAGUGUGAAAGGUGCUCAGUGGAAGUCGCCAAAAGCCUAGUUCCCGCCUCUAGCGUGCCAGAACACCGCUUCAGGGGCAUGCACUUGAAAAUGUCAUCCAUGCGCAUCGAGUUUGAGAACUUGAGCGUGAAGCUCAAGUCCAACAAGAAGUGCAUUCUGGAGGGUGUGACUGGAGAGUUUCGCCCCAAGAGGGUGGCAGCUAUCAUGGGGCCGUCUGGGGCAGGGAAGACGACCUUCAUGAAUGCCUUGUGUGGUCGGGCCUACUAUGGGACGACAACCGGUAUGAUCCGCAUCAAUGGUCAGACCAGUAGCAUUGCUGCGAUCAAGCCACUUCGGGGUUUCGUUCCACAGGAUGACAUCGUCCAUGAGCACUUGACCGUGCGUGAGCAGCUCUACUAUUCUGCGCGUCUGCGCAAUGAAGAGGACACCCCACCAGCAAUGAUCAACAACAUCGUAGAAGACGUGUUGAAUGUCAUGCAGCUGCUGGAUGUGCAACACAGCCUGGUUGGAGAUGUGGAGAAGCGUGGCAUCAGUGGAGGACAACGAAAGCGAGUGAACAUCGGUUUGGAGCUUGCAGCACGUCCCACCGUUUUGAUGCUGGAUGAGCCGACCAGUGGCUUAGACGCCAGCACCGCUUUGGAGAUCAUUCGCUCGGUGAAGCGGCUCACCGCCAUAGGCAUGACUGUGGUGAUGGUGGUGCACCAGCCUCGUUACUCGCUUUUCACUCUCUUUGAUGACUUGCUUCUUCUUGGUUUGGGUGGCCGAACGGUCUACUUGGGCAAAAGCGAGGGCGCGCUUCCCUACUUCCGAAAUCUAGGGUUUCAGAUGCCCUUGCACGAGAAUCCAGCAGACUGGUUCAUGGAUGUGAUCUCCGGAAAGGUGAAGAAUGACCAGGAUCCCGCGCUAAUGUCAAGAAGGUUGGCAGAUGCAUGGGUUGGGUUCAUGAGAAACAACAUACCUCCUGAUGAUUUAGAGUUGGGCCAGGAGGCAGAAGGGCAGAUGGACAGGCUCGCAUUUACUAAGGCUUUGGAUGCCAAGCUCUUCAGUGCAGGAUUUGGGGAGAUGGAUGAGUUAAGCCAAGAACAGUUUGCAGACUUCCUGGACAUUUUGAAGGUACAGAAGCCUGCUGAUGCUGCAUGGGAACAGCUGAUGGAUCGUAUGGGAUUCCAGGAUGGAUUCAUCAGCCGACAGAGGUUGACCUCUUUCCUUCAUGGUUUGACCUUUUCCUUCUCCCAGGAUGCAGGCAAAUAUGUGGAGGAUUUCACAUCCUCCGAAGCGUCAGGCACUUCCAAGGAGACCUCCAUCAGCGAGAUUCCGGGCAAGAAGCUUGGACGCCGUGGACGGUUUUGCAUUCAAUAUCCUAUUUUGCUUCACCAAAACAGUAUCCGGUGGGCAAGGGACUGGAAGCACAAGCUCAUCAGCACAGGAAUUAUCGUCUUCGCAGGAGCCGUGUUUGGGGGACAAUGUCGCGAGAUGCUGAUCCCUGAAAACAUUUUAUGCCCUCUCAAGAUCAACGUCUCUCAUUUGCCCAUUGGAACCUUGAGCGGAAUAGCAUGUCUCCACAUUUUCGGUUCAGAUCGGCCUUUGUUUUGGCGUGAGAGCGCCAGUGGAGUGGGAGUCACUGCCUUCUAUCUUGCCAGAGUGACUGUGUCCCUCUUCGACGUGCUCGUUUGGUGCUACUUGUACACCGUCGCGUGGAUGAUCUUUGCUGAAGCACCUUGCAGCUACUGGAUGUGGUUAAUCGCAUUUCGGAUGACUGCAGUCAGUGCCAGUGGCGUGGGUGUUUUCAUUUCGACACUGGUGCCAAAGCAGAAUUCCACUCUUGCGACGGCGGUCGUUCUGCUGGUGAUGGGAGGUGCCUUGAGUGAACCUCAAGUGAUUGCAGAUGCGCAUGGUCUCAGCAGCGCAUUGGCAUUCAUUUCUCCAUUUACUUGGGCAUCAGGAGAGAACUACUUGGCACUUAUUGCCACCAGCGGUGGAGAAGCAGCCGUGGACUUCUAUGCAGUUCCCAUCGUAGAUGGCUACAAGAAGAUCAUCCUGUGCUUGGGAGGAAGCAAUUUGAGCUACGUCACCAUGGCCUACAUCUUCUGCAGUGUUUUUGGAUUUCUUGCACUCAUGUUCGGAUAUCUUGGCCUUCGUUUUUCUCAUCGUGGCAAACAGGCAUGA